AUGGAUCAGGUCCUAUCCAACCUGGUGAGAAUCUUAUUUGGAAGGAAAAAGAAAGCACUGAAAAAUGAUGAAGAGAGGAAGCCAAUUCAUCCUAACUCUGGUUAUGGAAAGACCAGAGUUUCAAAAGAAGAUGAAGGAUCAGUAGUUAUGGUUAUAACUGAUACUGAUCAGGUCAGAGAAGAUGUUGCAGAGCCAUUUCCUCUUAUCUCUGGUGACCCAAAUACCAGGGUAUCAGAAGAUGAAAGGGUAAUAACAAUCACUGUUGACAGUGGUGUUGAGGCUGUAGAAAAUAUUAAACCUAUAACUGAUGUUGAGGUCAGAGAAGAUGUAGAACCUUUUCCUCUUGUCUCGGUUGACUCAAAGACUAGGAAUUCAGAAGUCGAAAGGGUCAGAGAAGAUGUAGAGCCAUUUCUUGUUGUCUCUGUUGACCCAAAGCCCAGGGUUUCAGAAGAUGAAAGGGUAGCUAUCAUUGUUGACAGUGGUAUUGAGGGUGUGGAAAAGAUUAAACCUAUCCUUAAUGUCUCUACUGUUGAUAAGAUGACAGUUCCAAAAGAUGGCUCACGAGCAAAGGGAAGGAAAGGAAGAGCCAAGCAAAAAGAAAGAAGAAUUAAGCACUACUUCAGUUCUCACAAGAUACUGCUGGUUGGGGAGGGAGAUUUCUCUUUCUCUGCUUGUUUGGCCAAUGUUUUUGGUUCUGCUAAUAAUAUGGUUGCUACUUCUCUCAAUUCAAAAGGUUUCUUAGAGGAGAAUUACAGCAAUGCCAUAUCUAACAUCAAUGGUUUGAAUAGUAGAGGAUGUAUGGUUCUUCAUGGAGUGGAUGCAACAAAUAUGUCAGGCCAUCAGUUUCUCAGGGGCAUGAAAUUUGAUCGGAUUGUCUUUAACUUUCCUUAUGCUGGUUUUUUUAAAAGCGAGUCACGGGAGUCUCAGAAGAGGCGACACCAAAAGCUGGUCACCUUGUUCUUCAAGAAUGCCAAGAAGAUGCUUUCGGAAGAGGGAGAAAUCCACAUCUCUCACAAAUCAAAUGGGUUUCAUUGUGAAUGGAAUAUAGUGUCUCUGGCCUCACUUAGUGGCCUCAAUUUUAUAAAAGAAGUGAAAUUUAAUUUGAAUGAUUAUCCAGGUUACAAUACUAAAUUUGGAUUUGGAGGAGAUGAGAACUUUGAUUGCAACCCCAGUGAGACUUACAUGUUUGGAUUGUGUCAUGGGCAUAUAUGGGAUUUUCAAGGAAGAGAAACAUGGGGGUUUUAGAAAUUUACGAGUGGAAGGCUGCAUAAGUGUUAUUGAGAAUAAGUGCCUCAUGCACUUGGUAAAGUGUGGAGUGCUCAAGUCUCUUGGUUCUCACCUUUCUCCCCCUACCCCCAUAAAAUAGGAUAGAGUACAAGUCAUUGAAAAAAAAAAAUGUGUUAUUGAGCAUGAUACGUGUUUCGUGAUGUUAAUGAAUACCAAAUCUUAUAGGCCCUCUAUAAAUUUUCCAUUAGUUUGCUCAGAUCUUAUUAUCCUUAGUAAGGCCAAAAAAUUUUCCUUAACGUAUACACUUCCGCAAUAAAUGUAGAGGGAA